AUCGUUAGCCUUUGACAUUCGCUAUUGUUUUAGUUUCCAAUGAACGAAGCGGUCAAUACAACCAAUUAACUGAUCACGCAAUCGGGGCAUAAACGGACGUAUUUCUUAUGAAUAAUGGAGAUGCGUGUUUGAUGGAAUAACUUGAGAAUCUUCGCGUAAAUAUUUCAUACAGCCGCUUUGGGGGGAAAUGUUUGGGUGAACAUACAUACGUUUUUUGUUAAACUGCAAAGGAGUGUUUUACCAAAUAUGAACGUGAUUUUAAUAUAUAUUUGAACUCAUGGAAUAUAAAUUAACUGCAUGUUAAUUAUCAACAAAAAAGGACUGACAACAUCUUUUUUCUUUAUAUAAAUACCCACUGUUUCACGCAGCUGUGGGCAUGGUAAAUGAUUGUUCUCGCAAACUACACGUUUUUACACGUGUAGUUUAAAUAACAAGAUAAAUAUAUCGUGUUAAAUGCUUGUAUGAAAUGACGGUUAAGUUUUUUUAUUUUGGAGAACACAAACCAUGGAAUCAACUACGCCAAGGACGUUUUUGAGAAUCGCAGACCUUUUGGCAUCACAUGGAUACCGGAUAGGUCAGCAGAUAGGCGAGGGUGCCUAUUCCAAAGUACACACAACCGAGAAACUCUCAGAUGGGUCUACCUACGCUGUAAAAAUAGUUGAUCUUUCAAAAGUGAGAACGGGCUAUUUAAAGCAUUUUAUGCCCCAUGAACUUGAUGUUAUCACUUUAUUGAAGCACAGGAACGUCGUCGAAACUGUCCAAAUAAUUCAAGAUAAAACGUACGUAUUGCAGAUAAUGGAAUAUGCCUCCAAAGGGGAUGUUCUCAGAAUGAUACAGCAACAUGGGUUUAUAGCCGAAGAAAAAGCGAAAUCCAUAUUCAAGGACGUUGCCGCGGGUGUGCAAUAUUUGCACGAUCUUAACAUCGCACACCGCGAUCUGAAAUGCGAGAACAUUCUGAUUUUUGAAGACAAUAGGGCAGUUGUAAGUGAUUUUGGCUUUGUAAAAAAUCUCGACGGAACGUCUUCAACCAACCUGUGCCGGACAUUUUGCGGAAGUACUGCGUACGCAUCACCUGAAGUUCUUCGUGGUUUGCCAUAUGACCCCAAAAUGAACGACGUUUGGAGUAUCGGCGUGGUUUUGUUCACCAUGCUGAGCGGAACAAUUCCCUUUGACGAUGGAAACGUGACCAGGAUGGUACAAAAACAGCAGUCUCGCGAUUACACGUUUCCUGCACGCGUAGUUGGACAAAGUUCCUGUAAAGCCAGGCAAUUAGUCUAUGAGAUAUUAGAUCCGGACACCAACUCCAGGCCAACUGUGAAGACAGUACUUGAAUCAGCUUGGUUAAUUUAGCUACGGCAAUUGCACCGUGUUAUAUUGCAAACUGAACUGUUACACAAUGUGUUGUUUUGUUCUUCAGAUAAUUUUGUACACUGAUACUAUUUGUAUCGUAUAACAUAUAUAAACAUAUAUAAUGUCCACUCACUUGAAGACUUUUCCAACGCAACACUUUUCAAACUUAAAAUGUAUGGCUCAUAUGAAUAUAUAGGAGCGCAUCCGCGCAUUUUUAGCUCACCUGAGCACAACGUGCUCAUGGUGAGCUUUUGUGAUCGCCUUUUGUCCGUCAUGCGUCGUCCGUUGUGCAUUGUCCGUUGUCAGUUGUGCGUUGUGCGGCGUCAACAUUUGCCUUGUUAACUUUCUCGAGGCCACAUUUAUUGUCCAAUCUUCAUGACAUUUGGUCAGAAGAUUGGUCUCAAUGAUAUCAUAGAUGAAUUCGAAAAUGGUUACGUUUGCUUGAAAAACAUGGCUGCCAAGGGGCGGGGCAUUUUUCCUUAUAUGGCUAUAUAUAUGGCUAUAGUAAAAUCUUGUUAACACUUUAGAGGCCACAUUUAUUGUCUGAUCUUCAUGAAACUUGGUCAGAAGAUUCAUCCCAAUAAUAUCUCGGACGAGUUCGAAAAUGAUCCCGGUUGGUUGAAAAACAUGGCCGCCAGGGGGCGGGGCAUUUUUCCUGAUAAGGCUAUAGUAAAACCUUGUUAACACUCUAGAGGCCACAUUUAUUUUCCGAUCUUCAUGAAACUUGGUUAGAAGAUUUGACCCAAUGAUAUCUUGGAUGAGUUCAAAAAUGGUAAUCUUUGCUGAAAAAACAUGGCUGCCAAGGGGCGGGGCAUUUUUCCUCAUAUGGCUAUAGUAAAAUCUUGUUAACACUCUAGAGGCCACAUUUAUUGUCCAAUCUUCAUGAAACUUGGUCAGAAGAUUCAUCCCAAUAAUAUAUUGGACGAGUUUGAAAAUGAUGCCGGUUGGUUGAAAAACAUGGCCGCCAGGGGGCGGGCAUUUUUCCAUAUAUGGCUAUAGUAAAACUUGUUAACACUCUAGAGGCCACAUUUAUUUUCCAAUCUUCAUGAAACUUGGUCAGAAGAUUUGUCCCAAUGAUAUCUUGGAUGAGUUCUUAAAUGGUUUUGUUUUCUUUAAAAACAUGGCGCACAGGGGGCGGGGCAUUUUUCCUUCUUAGGCUAUAUAUGGCUUUUGUAAAACCUUGUUAACACUCUAGAGGCCACAUUAAUAUCCAAUCUUUAUGAAAUAUGGUCAGAAGAGAAGAUUUGUCUUAUUGAUAUCUUGGAUGAGUUCGAAAAUGAUUACGUUUGCUUGAAAAAGCAUGGCUGUCAAGGGGCGGGGCAUUUUUCCUUAUAUGGCUAUGUAUGGCUAUAGUAAAAUCGUGUUAAUACUCUAGAGGCCACAUUUAUAGUCCGAUCUUCAUGAAACUCGGUCAGAAGAUUCAUCCCAAUAAUAUCUUGGACGAGUUCAAAAAUGAUGCCGGUUUGGUUGAAAAACAUGGCCACCACGGGGGCGGGGCAUUUUUCUUUAUAUGGCUAUUGUUAACAAUCUAGAGGUCACAUUUAUUUUCCGAUCAUCAUAAAACUUGGUCAGAAGAUUUGUCCCAAUGAUAUCUUGGAUGAGUUGGAAAAUGGUUUUGGUUGCUUUAAAAACAUGGCCACCAGGGGCGGGGCAUUUUUCCUUAUAUGGCUAUAUAUGGCUAUAGUAACACCGUGUUAGCACUCUCGAAGCCACAUUCAUUGUCCAAUCUUCAUGAAAUAUGGUCAGAAGAUUGGUCUCAAUGAUAUCUUGGAUGAGUUCGAAAAUAAUAAUGUUUGCUUGAAAAACAUGGCUGCCAACGGGCGGGUCAUUGUUCCUUAUAUGGAUAUAGUAAAAUCUUGUUAACACUCUAGAGGCCACAUUUACUGUCCGAUCUUCAUGAAACUUGGUCAGAAGAUUCAUCCCAAUAAUAUCUUGGACGAGUUCAAAAAUGAUGCCGGUUGGUUAAAAAAAAACAUGGCUGCCAGGGGGCGGGGCAUUUUUCCAUGAAACUUGGUCAGAUGAUUUGUCCCAAAAAUAUUUAGUUAUCUCAGGUGAGCGACUUUGGGCCUUUCAGGCCCUCUUUUUGCAUUUUGCAGGCUACAUGCAAGUGUAUUUGAGACUUCUAACGCAACAAUUUUCAAACUUAAAUAUCUCACUUAUGAGUUAAGAUUUAUAUUUAAUAUUGUACAUGUGAUCACUUAACUACAUUCGGUGCAGGCUAACGAUAAAAUCAUUCAUUCGUGACGAUUGGACGCUUUAGCACGUCGGGUAUGUAGACUGCAAUUUGCCAAAAUGCGCGAUUGCACUUUUGAAUAUUCAUAUUAGCCAUACAUUUUUAAGAUUAAUUUCAUGUUUUGCUGGUGUAAGAACCCACUUUAGAAGAUUGAAUUGAAAUAUUUAGAAAAUAUCGCGUUUCACCAUUUCCACGUGCAAAAAGAUGAAAGCACGUGCGAAAGCGUCUGAUCGUCAGGUAUGAAUGAGUAUCGUGCUUGCCCAGAAUGUAGUCAAAUGAUAACAUGUAAAAUUUUAUUCAAAAUCUUAACUCAUAGCUGAGAUAUUCAAGUUUGAAAAGUGUUACGUUAGAAAAGUAUCCAAGUGUAAGCCAGACCUAACAUGGUGGGAAGGGUGGGGGCUAUUUUUAAAGGAUGGUGGAUAAAAAUGGAGGGGGCGUCAUAUACUUGUAAAGUAUGGAGCAUAAAAAGGAAGGUGGUCCCUGCAAUUCUGACUUAUCUAAAUCUAUAAUAGGAAAAAUAAUAUUGAAUAUCGUAUAUUG